AUGCGCUCCUUCCAUCUUCUUAUGCCCUUCGUGGGCUCUUCCCUGGCAGCCUACCCGUGGCUGAACGAGCCCGACACAGGUCUUGAGCGCGUUCUCGGUGUCGCGGGAUACGAGCCCCCGAAUGUUUGCCCUGAGCUUGACCAGCUGCAGUGCAUCCCGGACUUCGAGUUUGCCGCCAGAAGCUGCCUGAACGCCUCCAGCUAUACCUGGUACAGGCAUGCCUCUGGUGGUGAAUGGUCGUACAGGAACAACCUGGACUCGUUCCAGCAGCUGCGGUUCAGGCCCAGGAUGCUCAAGGACAUCUCAAACACCAAGAAUACCCUGAGCACCUCCAUCUUGGGCCACAACUUCUCUGCUCCAUUCUUUAUUGCCCCGGCCGCCCGUGCCGCCUAUUCCAACCCGGAGGAAGCCGAGAUUGCUUUCAUGAAGGGCGCCUAUGCCCAGGACAUCCUCUACAUGCCUGCCCUCUAUGCCAGCAAGACCAUCGAGGAGCUUGCCGCCGCAAAGCCCGGCAACGCAUCUCAAGUCACCUUCCAGCAGCUUUACGUCACGGUCAACGACACCAGCGUCAAGGACAACAUCAAGAGGGCCGAAGCCGCCGGUGCCAAGGCCAUCGUCUUCACCAUCGACGCCGUUGCCGACGGUGACCGCACCCGCGACGCCCGCUACCGCGCUCGUGACAGCCAGGCCACCGACACCGAGGACCUCCAGGCCCUGACCUGGGACUACUACACGGAGAAGCUGACCAAGUGGACGGACCUGCCCGUCAUCCUCAAGGGCGUGUACACGGUCGAGGACGCCAAGAAGGCGGUGGAGGUGGGCGCGCCCGCCAUCUACCUGUCGAACCACGGCGGGCGCCAGCUCGACGGCGCGCCCUCGCCGCUCGAGAUCGCCCUCGAGCUCCACGAGCAGGCCCCCGAGGUCUUCGAGCAGCUCGAGGUCUACGCCGACAGCGGCGUGCGCUACGGCACCGACGUCCUGAAGCUGCUCGCCCUCGGCGUGCGCGCCGUCGGCCUGGGCCGGUCCUUCCAUUACGCAAACGUCUACGGCCAGCCCGGCGUCGAGCGCUUGAUCGAGCUGCUGAAGCAGGAGAUUGUGAACGAUGCCGGCAACUUGGGCUUGUCCAACUUGUGGGACAUCAACGCCGAUUACUUGAACUUGGAUAAGCUGAAGUGCAAUGGAUGGUAA